GACAGCUGAGAAAAUCCUUGUGCAGGAGCAGGUACUACGUCGACUACACGCCUAGAAUUUACAGUUCGUGCCGUGGAGGCUGGCAAAUGGAUGACUAAGGAAAGUAUUAUGAAUUCCGACUGCCUGGGCAAAUAUCACAUACCACUUUUGAAGGCAACGGCUCCAGGUAACAUACCGGUGCAGCUGAGUACUUCGGCAUCCCGGCAAACUGAAGCUUCGCCAACGGAGUUAGUUAACGCAUCCGCUGGUGCCGGCAUUGAUCCAUCUUUUGGUAGUCUCCAGGGAAACUUCAGACGUUUCCUACCGCCCUGGAAACAUGAAAUGGCCUGCCCACCAUCGUCGUCUCGCCCUCUCAAGCGUAAACUGGAUGAAAAAACUGUCGAAAGCAAAGAUGGUAAACAUAUUGUAAUGUUUCCGGGGCGCGAUGCGAGUUACCCAGACGAGCUCAAUCUGUUAAUCCACCCACUGUCUUGCGAGCUUUGCAAAGUGCAGCUUUCAUCUAUAAGGCACGCCAAGGAUCAUUAUGAGUCCAAGGCACAUGAUCGUCAUAUUAGCGCCUGGCUCGCUAAGAACUAUACAGAUAUGGGCUUGCCUUCUCCAGCUAUAAAGCGCUUGGUAAAGGUGGGCGCUACUGGACCAAAUGCUUUUCACUGUGAGCUCUGUGAUUUGAGCUUGACGUCGUUGUCACAUGCCCGUCAGCACUAUUCCGGCCGUAAGCAUAAAUUGGUGGAGCAAAAGCGUAGAAAGCCCUCAGGAAGUGGUUUCUACAACUCAGAUGGGAAAUGGGUGCGUACUAACCCAAAAAUCGAGCCCAUUACUGCUAACGACGGACGUUUUGGCAUUGGCGUCAAAUUUGCCAGCAAUCCAUUGCCAAAUUCGGACAGCUCUGAAGUUACAAACGAUAUUAAGCCGGAAUUGGGAAGUGCUUCAGGGAAUGGUCCGCCCAUCGCCGCCCCAUUGGAUGAUAGUUUAUGCUGUAGAAUUUGCAAUAUAAGCGUCACAUCGAUAUCCCAAAUGCAAAUGCAUCUGGAUGGCAUCAAACAUAAGAAGAAACUUCGUAGUGUCAACAUUGAUCCUGAUGCAGAAAAGACCGAGUCCAUAGCGGUCAGUAUAACUGAUCCAAAGGUUGAGGGGGAUUUGUCCAUGUACCGCACUCCAUCAGGUUCGUAUUAUUGUAAAGUGUGCAAUAAACUAAUGGAUCAAGACUUGAUUUUCCAACGACACCUCCAAGGCAAGAAGCACCUGAAAGCUGUUCGCCAACAGACCAACAAUUAAAAACAAAUGGGAAAGAAAAUCUUCAAAAUAAUAACUCACGAAAGACACAUACAUACAUACAUACAUUUCAUAUUUUAUAACAAGAACAAACACAGCUCAACGUAUCGCUCCGAUAUCGCAAAAAAAGAAGAAAAUUGUAAAUCUCAUCUACACAGAAAAUAUAUUAGGAACUUACAAGUCACAAAGAAAACCACACACGCACACACAAGCUGUCAGUUUAAAUUCCCUAAUAUAAAACCAAAAUACAUGAUGAUAAUAAUCCCCGAA